GCUCUUGGACCACUUGAAGGUCAAGUGCGCGCGCAUCAUCGGGAGCCAGCUGGUUGAGGACAGUUUCAAUAUGGCAAAGGGCAGGGUGGACACCCAGAAGAAUACCGUUUCCUCCGCCCCCGCAACGAUGGCCACUUGCAUCGACGCGAAGGUGAUCGACUCGGUGCACGACUUCAAGCCCAUCGUCGUCGGCACGGAGCCGAUGGCCAGGUCCAGCACUUUCGAGCCGUCCACGUUCAGGCCGAGGCUGCAGCAGAGACACCUCGACGACGACACGAAGGCGCUCAAGUUGUGGGGCGUCGCAGGCCAUGCAGAUCCAUCCUGGUUCAGCCCAGGGUCACGGGGCAUGUUCUUGCCCUUCGCUGACAUCGAGGUGUUGCGCCAGUGCAAGGCGCAGCACAAGAUGAACUCGGUCGACAAGAAGUUCCUAUGCCGCUUGGUUAACGAGGGCUUGGUCAUCCAGCACAAGGGCAGCGGGGACAGAAGCUGGUAUAUUGGCAUGGGGAAUGUGGAGGGCAGCUUGGCCGUGGCAUGGCCCGUCUCCCCUUGCGACCCCAGCAACCGCGUUUUCACCUUCGACGCGAAGAUGAGCUUCAAGUUCUUCGUGGUCCUGGACCCCUCCGAGUGGAUCGCCGCGCCGAUUCGCAUCGACUCGCCGCUCCGCCAGGCCGUGCAGUGCGAGCUCGCCAAGGUCACUGGCAACGCGACGAGUGCUACCGAGAUCAGCUUGAAGGCUAGCCACGAGUACGGGAACUUGCUCGUGAAGGUGUCCAUGGUCGGCCAACCCCAGCCGCUCAUGGAGUGCGUGGCCGAGCAGGGUUUCUUCUCUUUGAGCGCCAGCUACCUGGAGGACGUGUGCGACGCCAUGGAGUGGCCGUACACGUCCACGACGUUGGCGGGCUUGCUCAAGUCAAUGGCCGAGAGCAUAUGGCCUGGGUGCGGCCCCGAUCAGGUCAACAAGGUCCUGGAGGCCCGCAUGGCGCACAUGGAUGGCGUCGACGGGCUCGAGGACUUGUUGGGGGUCGAAUGGGUUACCGACAUGCUCGACAAGUCAACGACAGAGGAGGUUCUCGAGGAGAUCAAGAGCGCCAAGUCGUUCAAG